AUGAAGCAGCAACAACAGCAGAAUCAAUUUCAACCACACAAGUUUGGUGGCAGUGUCCUUUUCAUAGUUGGUGCCCUAAGUUUAAUGGUCGUCAGUGUACAGGGAGAUGCAUAUUUAAAAGAAGCACCCUCAUUUUUAAAACCAUGUGCCCUAAGCGACCCCAAUAAUGGCGUAUGUUUAGCAAAAGCUGUUCAAAAUGUGUUCACAAACUGGAGAGAAGGUAUUCCUGGCUUAAAGAAUUUGGGCAGCAUUGACCCAUUCCAUGUGAAAAAGGUAAAUUUGGAACAAAACAAUCAGAAUAUUAACUUGAAGAUAAAUCUUAAGGAUGUGAUAUUCACAGGACUGUCGCAGACUACUAUUACAAAAGCCAGCAUCAACGAUGAAUACAAUUUCAAAUUUUUAGUAAAAAUUCCACUACUGCAAAGUAAGGGAGAUUAUCGCAUGAAAGGCAGUAUUUUGCUUUUACGUUUGGACAGUACAGGCCUCAUGGAAACUGACGCUUCUGAUGUCGAUGUUCUUUUCUCCCUUAAGGCCAAACUCAUUGAAGCGAACAAUCACAAAUUCUUCGAUAUUACCGGUAUCAAAUCGUCUAUUAAAAAUAUCGAUAGGUUCCACAUUAAUUUCAGUAAUCUAUUUAAUGGCAAUGUGGAAUUGGAGCAGAGUGCCAAUGCAGUGUUCAAUCAAAAUUGGCAUGAACUGUUUGAAAUAAUGCGUCCCGUUAUCGAGGAAACUUUGGAUGCCAUUGCUCUUGAUCGUUAUAAGAAAAUCUUUGGUUAUGUUCCAGCUAGUUAUUUCUUUGCGGAUUUACCUUAAAACA